GUUCUGAUCGUAGGAAGAGCGAACGCAGGCAAAACUACCAUUCUUCAGAAGGUCUGCAACACCACGGAGAAGCCAGAGAUUUACGAUGCCAAAGGACACAAGGUGCGGUAUAUGCUAAAGCGUGGGAAUCAUAAGAUCACAAAUGAGAUGGUGUUCAAAAGCAAUCCCGGUUUUGUCUUUCACGACUCGUGUGAUUUCGAAGUGGGCUCUGUAGAAGAAUUUGAGGAGAUGAAGAAAUUUAUCUCAAAAUGUGCAAAUGCGACGAAAUUGGAGGAGCGACUGCAUACUAUUUGGUAUUGUAUUCCAAUGGACGAGCAUUGUCGAACAUUCCAGCGGUCGGAGGAGAAGUUCUUCUCCGAGUGCAAUACUGGGAAUGUGCCCAUAAUUGCAGUAUUCACAAAAUUUGAAGCUCUCUGUCCAGUGGCAUUUGGAGAACUGGAGGAGGAGCUCGUCGGGCUAUCAAGCGAAGAGUGCCUGAAGAGGAUCGCCCAGCACGUCGAAGAAUUGUUCAAGAAUACACAGGUCUUGGAUCGGUUAUGUGACACUAAUAACCUUGCCCACCCUAAGGGCUAUGUACGCUUGGAGAAUAUGAACCAGCCAAACACAAACUGUGACACAUUGGUAGAAUGCACUACUUUUGCAUUGGAUGACGAAGAAUUACAGUUGUGCCUCGUCUCAACACAACAGUCAAACCUGGAACUUUGUAUCAAGUGUGCUGUUGGAUCAUGAAGCAUACCAGUUGGACCUUGCUAAGUGGUUUUUGCAUCUUUAUGUAAGAUUA